UGCGUGUGUGUGUGUGUGUGUGUGUGUGUGUGUGUGUGUGUGUGUGUGUGUGUGUGUGUGUGUGUGUGUGUGUGUGUGUGUGUGUGUGUUGGUGGAUAUGUUAUAUGUGGACUUUUCACCUGAUUACACACCAGCAUUAUGAGGACCUAUAUGGUAUAUACGAACCAUGCUGAGGUCCUCAUAAAACAAAGAGUGUAAACGGCUUAUAACUGUUUAAGUAACAUACUCUCUCUUUUUCGUGGAAAGUCCUUUUUUACCACUUGACCUGAUUUCUGUGUAUCACAGUGUAUAGAACAGCGCCGCGUAGCGUCCUGACCAUGCUGGUGCUGUUUCAUACACAUUUUGACACACACGGUUAAAAUUUCGCGGGCUGCCUUGUGAUUGGCUGGUUUUUCCUGCGGAGCGGGACAGGGUGAGUGACGUCGGAGGGGCGUGUCAGUGACGUUGGAAGGACUUACGGACGUCAAGUACAAGGUCUAUCAGCCCUUUAAAGAUGGAGACAGGCUUGAAUACCUAGCUCCGAGAUGAGACCAUGUGAGAUGACCACUGCGAAUGAGCUGAUUGAGUCUGCUGCAAGUGACGAGGCCAACAAGAUUGAGACCUCUGUGGAUGGUCUGAGUCCAACAUGUCCACAACAUGGUACCCCCAAAAGGGUUGAAAAGAUGAUCACUGCGAAUGAGCUGAUUGAGUCUGCUGCAAAUGACGAGGCCAACAAGAUUGAGACCUCUGUGGAUGGUCUGAGUCCAACAUUUCCACAACAUGGUACCCCCAAAAGGGAUGAAAAGAUGAUCACUGCGAAUGAGCUGAUUGAGUCUGCUGCAAGUGACGAGGCCAACAAGAUUGAGACCUCUGUGGAUGGUCUGAGUCCAACAUGUCCACAACAUGGUACCCCCAAAAGGGUUGAAAAGAUGAUCACUGCGAAUGAGCUGAUUGAGUCUGCUGCAAAUGACGAGGCCAACAAGAUUGAGACCUCUGUGGAUGGUCUGAGUCCAACAUUUCCACAACAUGGUACCCCCAAAAGGGAUGAAAAGAUGAUCACUGCGAAUGAGCUGAUUGAGUCUGCUGCAAGUGACGAGGCCAACAAGAUUGAGACCUCUGUGGAUGGUCUGAGUCCAACAUGUCCACAACAUGGUACCCCCAAAAGGGUUGAAAAGUGUCUAAAGCAUCACCUGGUGUGCGCAACAAUAUCCUCUUUGGACAAAUGUGUGGGACCUGUAUCCUCCUUCAAGUGGGUUGGCUAUGAAUGCAGAGGAAAGGAUGCUGGGUCCAGAAGAGGGACAAAGAGAGCGUGGUCUAAUUGUGAGGUUCAUGCGGUAAUGCGGCACUUCAAAGACCAUAUUCGUAAAGGUCACCUGGCCACCAAGAACGAAUGCAGUCACUGCAAGUUGGUGGAAGGACCCGUCUUGGAACAAAGAACUGUGCAAAAUGUCAGAGACUUCGUCCGGAAUCGGGGAACAGCUGAAAAGACUAUCCCAGCUGUAAACAAACAUGCGUUUUUGUUAUUUGUUCUACAUCCUUUUUGUCUUCUAAUCUGUUUACAUGCAAAAGUAUACACGCACAAGUCAUUAACCUCAUCAUAAUGUAAUAAGAGACGUUAGAAAUUCUUAAUGGAUGAAAUCUUCAAGUUUGUGCACGUUUUCCCCUUCAUUGUCUUGAGGUAAAUUUCCAUGGUGCGAUGAAAAAAUGUUAUGUAUGUCUUGCUUAUUGCUCUGUCAAGUCCUUUGUCUUCAAGUCUUCUGUCAAGCAAGUCUUUUGUAAACAAUUGUUUCAUACAAUAGUUUCCAAAACCACUGUAGUCUGGUUGCUUGUGUCCUGAGUGGGACAGUAAUAAAAAAAAAAUCGCCCCAGCUCGUUGUUGUCUUUAUCAUCUUAAAUGAAACCCAGGUUGUAGGGGCUGAUCUCCCUCUGCAUAGAUAGAUCUUUAUAUAGUAUAGAUAGAUUUCUACACAUACUAUCUCACUUUGAGGGGCCAAAUUUGUAUGCCACUAAUUUGGCCAUCCUUUAACAUUAUUUUUUAUAUUAAAUUGAUGGUUCCAGUAAUGCUGUGUCCAGUCUGUGUGUAUUUAUGUUAAUGAGGAGGGCGGGAUCAUUGUCCCUUUAAAGACCCAAUAGUGUUUUUUUGGUCCUUAUAAGUCAUACUUUUGUCAAAAUAAAAAUGUCUACCUAUACCACGGUAUAAUUAGGUUGCUGUGUAUGAGGUUGUGUAGGUUGUAUCUGAAAUCUAAAGUGAGCUGAUUUUUUUUCUGAUUUUUUUAAGUGUUUUAACCUAACUGCCAAAGCUGUAGGACUUCAGGAAAGGGUAGUCCAUCUAAACCACACCCGGGCCUGUAUGGCGAAAAAGUCCACCUA